AUGACUCAACCAUCGGUUCCAUCUUCUCCUCCGCCUCUACCACCACCUCCACCACCAACCGCUCCACCGUCACAACCUUCCGACGGCGGCGUUCGUGUCCGCUGUGCCGGUUGCCGCAUGAUCUUGACCGUGGCGCCCGGGCUGACCGAAUUCGCUUGCCCGACCUGCCGAAUGCCGCAGAUGCUUCCGCCGGAACUCAUGGCUAGGGUCCACCAAACGGCACCGUCAACGUUGCCGUUAACUCCUCCUUCACAGAACUUGCCCGCUCAUGGCAUUGAUCCUACUAAGAUCCAGCUUCCUUGCGCUUCCUGUAAGGCAAUCCUCAACGUUCCUCAUGGCCUCUCGCGGUUCUCUUGUCCUCAAUGUAAAGUUGACCUCGCCGUCGAUCUCUCUAAGAUUAAACAGUUCUUGCCUCCGCCUUCGCUUGAAGAAGUUAACGAGGUUGCUGUUGAAGUGGAGCGGGAUGAAGAUGAAGGUGGCAUGGCCGGAGAAACAUUUACAGAUUAUCGACCACCAAAAGUAUCUAUUGGACCUCCACACCCAGAUCCUGUUGUGGAGACAUCUUCAUUGGCUGCAGUGCAGCCACCAGAUCCUACCUAUGAUCCAAAAUCUAAAGAUAUUUUGGAAAGUUCAAAGGCUUUAUCAUGUUUGCAAAUUGAGACCUUGGUCUAUGCUUGUCAGAGACACCUUCAGCACCUCCCCGGUGGAGCUAGGGCAGGAUUCUUUAUUGGAGAUGGAGCUGGUGUAGGUAAAGGUCGAACAAUUGCAGGUCUAAUUUGGGAGAAUUGGCACCAUGGAAGGAGAAAAGCAUUGUGGAUUUCUAUUGGUUCUGACUUGAAGUUUGAUGCUAGAAGAGACUUGGAUGAUGCAGGUGCAACAUGUAUUGAAGUGCAUGCUUUGAACAAACUACCUUAUUCUAAGCUUGAUUCAAAGUCUGUUGGGAUCAGGGAGGGAGUUGUCUUCUUGACAUACAAUAGCCUUAUAGCAUCUUCAGAGAAAGGUCGUUCUCGUCUUCAGCAGCUUGUGCAGUGGUGUGGACCAGGGUUUGAUGGCCUUGUAAUUUUUGACGAGUGUCACAAAGCAAAGAAUUUGGUCCCUGAAGCUGGUAGUCAGCCAACACGCACAGGAGAAGCAGUGCUUGAGAUUCAGGAUCGACUACCUGAAGCUCGUGUUGUUUAUUGCUCAGCAACUGGUGCAUCUGAACCCCGCAAUUUGGGUUAUAUGGUUAGACUUGGUCUUUGGGGAGAUGGAACUUCUUUCUCUGAGUUCCGUGAAUUUUUGGGUGCUCUUGAUAGAGGGGGUGUUGGAGCUCUAGAAUUAGUUGCCAUGGACAUGAAAACAAGGGGGAUGUAUUUAUGCCGGACACUUAGUUAUGAGGGUGCUGAGUUUGAAGUUAUUGAAGCACUGUUAGAAGAUAAAAUGAUGGACAUGUAUAAAAAGGCAGCGGAAUUUUGGGCAGAAUUACGAGUAGAAUUGCUGUCAGCUAGUGCCUUCCUAAAUGAUAAACCUAACACUAGUCAACUAUGGCGAUUGUACUGGGCAAGCCACCAGCGUUUCUUUAGACACAUGUGUAUGUCUGCUAAAGUCCCUGCUACUGUAAGACUAGCAAAGCAAGCAUUAGUUGAUGAAAAAUGUGUAGUCAUUGGUCUUCAGAGUACUGGUGAAGCAAGGACGGAGGAAGCUGUGACAAAAUAUGGUUCUGAACUCGAUGACUUUGUUUCCGGACCUCGAGAAUUGCUGCUUAAAUUUGUGGAAGAGAAUUAUCCAUUACCAGAGAAACCUGAGCUCCUUCCAGGAGAGGAUGGUGUUAAGGAGCUCCAAAGGAAGAGGCACUCUGCAACCCCUGGUGUUUCAUUAAAAGGAAGGGUCAGAAAAGUAGCCAAGUUGCAACCUCCUAGUGAUGCAGAAAGUGACGAAGAAUCUGAAAGUGAUUCUGACAUUGAAUCUAAUGAUUCUGAUGAGGAGUUUCAGAUAUGUGAAAUUUGCACCACUGAGGAGGAAAGGAAAAAAAUGUUACAGUGUUCCUGCUGUGAUGAAUAUCUUCUAGCAAGGCAAGCCUACAUAGCCGAACUCCAGAAGAGAUAUGAUGCAGCCUUGGAACGUAGGACCAAAAUAUUAGAGAUCAUUCGUUCUUUGGAUCUUCCAAAUAAUCCCUUGGAUGAUAUUACUGACCAGCUAGGAGGGCCCGAAAAAGUUGCAGAAAUUACAGGAAGGAGAGGCAUGCUUGUGAGGGGCCCUACCGGAAAGGGUGUAACUUAUCAGGCUCGUAAUACAAAGGAUGUCACCAUGGAAAUGGUUAACAUGCACGAAAAGCAGCUUUUUAUGGAUGGAAAAAAGUUUGUUGCUAUUAUUUCUGAAGCUGGAUCAGCUGGUGUUUCUUUGCAGGCAGAUAGGAGAGCGGCAAAUCAGAAAAGAAGGGUUCAUUUAACGCUAGAGCUUCCGUGGAGUGCUGACCGUGCAAUUCAGCAAUUUGGAAGAACUCAUAGAUCAAAUCAAGCUUCAGCACCAGAAUACAGGAUACUCUUUACUAAUCUUGGUGGAGAACGACGAUUUGCAUCAAUUGUUGCGAAGAGAUUAGAAUCUCUCGGUGCUUUGACUCAGGGCGACCGCAGGGCUGGGCCUUCUUUAAGUGCUUAUAAUUAUGAUAGUGCUUAUGGAAAGAGGGCUCUGGUGAUUAUGUACAAAGGAAUAAUGGAGCAGGAUUCUCUACCUGUUGUUCCUCCGGGAUGUUCAUCUGAGAGACCAGAUACUAUUCAAGAUUUCAUUAUGCAGGCAAAAGCUGCUCUUGUAUCUGUUGGGAUAGUUAGGGACACAGUUCUUGGAAACGGUAAAGAUCCUGGAAGGUUAUCUGGUCGAAUUAUUGAUUCAGAUAUGCACGAAGUUGGACGAUUCCUCAACCGGCUUUUGGGGCUACCUCCUGAUAUUCAGAACGGGCUAUUUGAGUUAUUUGUGAGUAUCUUGGAUCUUCUCGUUCGGAAUGCACGCAUUGAAGGUAACCUCGACACAGGAAUAGUUGACUUGAAAGCUAAUGUCAUAGAACUACAAGGGACUCCAAAGACAGUUCAUAUUGAUCAAUUGACUGCGGCUUCAACCGUUCUGUUUACAUUCAUCUUGGAUCGGGGGAUCACGUGGGAGUCAGCAAGUAACAUGCUGAAUGAAAAACAGAAAGAUGGGCUUGGCUCAGCCAAUGAUGGCUUCUAUGAGUCCAAGAGGGAAUGGUUGGGAAAACGUCAUUUCAUUUUAGCGUUUGAAUGUUCUGCUUCGGGUAUGUAUAAGAUAGUCCGUCCUCCCGUUGGGGAAUCAAACCGGGAGAUGCCUCUAUCUGAAUUGAAAAGUAAAUACAGAAAAGUUUCGUCAAUAGAAAAGGCUCAAACUGGUUGGGAAGAGGAAUAUGAAGUUUCAUCUAAACAGUGCAUGCACGGUCCCAAUUGUAAGAUUGGCAGCUUCUGUACAGUCGGAAGAAGACUACAGGAAGUAAAUGUCUUGGGUGGCCUCAUUCUUCCUGUUUGGGGAACAAUAGAAAAAACCCUUUCUAAGCAGGCCCGCCUAAGCCAUAGGAGGCUCCGAGUUGUUCGCAUAGAAACUACUACCGUGGAUAAAAAACGAAUUGUUGGGCUUCUUGUUCCUAAUGCAGCUGUUGAAACUGUCCUUCAAGGUUUAGCAUGGGUUAAAGAAAUUGAUGAUUGA